AUGACAGCAACUUCCUCUCUACUUCCUUCCGGCAUGGAAAUCCCUGCUGGUGAGGACCUUGAGAUGGCUUCGCCCUACCAAGGUCAAGCCGAUGAUUUCGAUAUCGAUAUCGACCUAAUGGAGGAUCAUGUAUCCAACAUGGACAGUGACAUGAUGGGCGCGGACGAUUUCCCCAACACUUCGCAGCCGUCUCUUUUCCAGAAUGACCUGACAGACGAUGCCGACAUGGUCGAUGAAGCCUCGGAAGGAUCUAUGGUCGAUGCGGACAAUCUAGCCGAGGAAGAUCACGAUAUUGAGGUCCAGUACGACGACGUAACCUACGAGACAGACAUGCUGGAGGGUGAUCAGGAUGAAACCGCCGAUGUUGCUGUGCCCGCCAUCAAUAUUGAAGCUACCCCAAGUAUUGUGACCCCAGCUAUUGAGACCAACGAUCCCACCCACGUUGGUCCGGAAGCGGCCACAGGCGGCCAAGAGGCUCAAUUUUUACCCCCAGUGGCCAAUCCUGUAGAGAGUGAACAGCAACAGCAGGAGUCUAUCAUCCAGGCACAAGAAAUCGUGCAAGAAACAAUCCCGGCUGAAAAUGUUGAGAAUGAGCAAAUUCAGCCACUUGAGAGUGCUGAACAUAUUACCGAUAACGACAACGACAAGGAAAAAGUCGGUGAGCAGACUAAUGAACCCGUGGAGAGUAUGAUUCCAGGCUCUCAGGACCACCACACUCCCGAUCACUCGGCCGAGAAUUUGGAAGAUCCAAAGGCCUCUUCCCCGAAAACAGAGCCUGUCACUGCUGAGCAAGCUGAGACCUAUGUUCCUAAUGAAAUAGAACAUGAGAAUACUCAUGAGGACGAGUCUCUCCAUACAGUGAAGGUCAUCUAUCAGGAUAAUGAGAUCUCCCUCUUCCCGCCUUUGGAAGGUGAUUCAGCCGAAACCUUCUUCCUUCACGAUGAAGAUGUGGCCUAUGACAACGUUGGCAGAUUAUUCAGCUCUCUUCGUGAGGUGCUUUUGGAUAAUAUUGCCGAGCAUGACACUCUUGUUAUUGAUAUCGAUUCUCUUGGUAUUCAAAUAACAGAGGACUCGUCGUAUACAUCCAAAAUCACUUUGCAUCAGAUCUUGGAUAUUUAUCUUCGCCUCUGUCAUAACGAUGGAAUCCAUGACCCAGACGCUCUGUAUCUGAGCCUUUCCAGUAAAGCAGCCAUUCAUCACGAACUGGCCAGCCUCGAUUCCGCUGCUAAAGAAGGCAAGGGUCUAUCUCAGAUUCACCUGUGGGCUGAUUAUGACGAAGAAGACCCUGUCGUGGGAGAGGCUGCCGGUAGUCAUGAACAACCUGGGCCUGAGUUGCCGCAGGAACCUCAGGAUGAUCAGCCCAACACAGAUGAUGGAGCUGCUGCAUCCCAUGAAGCCGCUGUGCCUGGUCAUGAGGCAACGGAUGAACAUGAUGAACCCAGCGGCGUGGAAGAUUUGGCGGACGAAGCUCAUCAAGAGCCUCACCACAGUGAUGCUGAUGUCAAAACAAACCCUGGGUCACAUUCUACUGAGGCUCAAGAUAAACAGGAGACUCACCAAGGAGAGGAUGGUCACCAUGACAACUCAUAUGGUAUCGAAAGCUACAAUGAAGAACACGAUUAUGCCGAAGAUCCAAGAACGGAAUCAACCGGCACCGUGGCCCCUGAGGAUGCAUCUGUGGAAGCUACCCAUGAUGAUUGGGAGAAUCAUGAACUUUCGGAGCACCACGAUACCAACAAGGACAAUCAAGCCCUUGAUAAUCAAAACUUGGAUGAUGAUGAAGAUAAUGAGUUCUCUGGUGCUGAUGAUCUGGAAGUGGCUGAUCUUGGCGUUCCCGUUCAAAAUUCUGAGACCGAGGAUCAUCACGAGGAUGGUGCUCAAGGCGUCGAUUCGGCAUCUCAGCAUAGUGAGGAGGCCACGAAUGAAUUUGAAGCUACGGGCCAAUAUGGCCACGAGUCCGAGGACGCUCUGGAAGAUAAUACCGAUCCGAAUGCCUAUGAGGAGUCGGAAUCCACGUUGGAGAACUUGCCCCAGGAAGAUUCCUUCCCUGAACAACCCCAAGAGCCUGAAAAUUACCUACUUGGGAUUGCUGAGGAUGUAAUGCAAACUCCUGCCAAAAAUAACCAACACGAUCAAGCCGACGCCAGCAAUGGUGCAAAUGAGGAAUACUUCGAAGACGACUUCACCGCUUCCUCUUUCGAAGACGGCGGCGAUGGGCAGCAAAACUCCGAAAAUGACUACAACUAUGAUCCUGAAUUGGACGCCCCGGAGGAACCUGAGUUGGGUGAAAUGGAUCCCUCUUCUACUGACUCUCAUGCUCCUGACAAUCUCUCCGUCAAACGGUCCCGUGAUGAGGAUGAUGAGUGGGACAUCACGGAAACCACAACACCCGAAAUCAAGCGUCGGCGACCUUCGUAA